GCCAUGGAAUUGAAGAAAGUAAAUGAAGUGCAUGUUGUCCCUAAAUUUUCGGAGAAGUGUGGCAUAUGUGAGGAUCAUGUGCAUUCAACUAAUGAAUGUCCCACGAUCCCUGCUUUCAAAGAAGUAUUGUUGGACCAAUCUAAUGCUGUAAACAUGAUACAUAAAACAUAUUCUGGUCCUUACUCUAAUUCUUAUAAUCCAGGAUCGAGGAGCCACCCAAAUCUCAGUUGGAGGGGUGACCAACAUGUAACUCCAGCAACCUUGGCCCCAGGGCCCUCUCAACUGGCAAUUCAAGCACUUCCAAUGCAAAAGAAGGGACUUGAAGAUACGAUUCAGCAGCUGAGUGUGACACUUCAACAAUUCAUGCAAGGUCAAGCAACACUCAACAACCAGAAUUCAUUGGCAAUUAAUGACAUAAGGAGUUCCCUCACAAGACUGACUACAUCUUUAAGUACCCAAGAGAAGGGUAAAUUUCCUGCACAGUCACAACCAAAUCCACAAGGGCAGCCUCAUCAAGUGCAAGCAAUAAGUGAGGAUCCUAACUUAAAGUCGGUCAAAGCGGUGACUACUUUAAGAAGCGGUAAGGUGGUAAACAUUCCAGCACAUGAGCCAUACAAUUCUGGCAACCUCAGGAUUUGGAAGAAGUUCAGGAAGUUAAUUUGCUGAAAAAUAUCAUUGAUGAGGAUUUUCACUUGAAUCCUUCUUCCACUAAUUUACAAUUGUCAUUAGAAAGUAUUCUAAGUGAUGUGAAUAUACUUGAUGAUACUUCUAAUGUCUCUUUUGCAGGGACUGGUCAUGAGGUGCCUUGGCAACCAAUGUUUGCAGAGUCGCCACCUUGGGCAGCACCCAUAAAACCAUCUUCAGAUGACAGACACCAUCUCAUUGGAGCACUCAGGACACUCAAAAAUUCAAAUCUGAGGUUGAAUAAUUUUUUUUAUGAUGACCUUCACUUGUUUAAAUAUUGCUCUGACCAAAUGUUUCGAAGAUGUUUAGCCAACAAACACAUCCAAAGUAAGAUUUUUGAUCCUGGUAAGUUAAGGUCUCGAUGGAGUGGGCCGUACAUUGUAAAGACCGUUCAUCCUCAUGGCGCAGUAGACAUUGUCAAUCCGAAGAACGGUAAUA